AAGGUAGUGGGUCCUGGCCCACUCAGUGUACAGAAGUCUUUAUAUCAAGCCAGAACCAAACCAACUCACCUUCACCAUCGUCUCUACUGCAGGCACAGCUCUAAGUAUCCUAGAGACACCUUCAUGCAAACCUUUCAUGAUACGACAAAACACGUCAUUAAGUCACUGAUAAGCCUGCUGUUCUGAAACACCUACAAUCACUGCAAAGUGUAUCACACCUACAGUCACUGUAGGUGAUACAUCAACAGUCACUGCUACAUAUCUCCACAGAGUGCAGAAGUGAUGGAGCGGUCACUACUACAACGUGUGGGCACUCUGCUAUACCUGGUCCAUCCCAACACCACAACAUUCAGCAGUGUCGACCAGGUCCCCAACUAUAUACACGAGGCAGUGCCGUUCUUCGUGUUUUUCUUCGUCUUGGAGCUCACAUUGCAUUACCUAUGGGGAAAACCUCAGAGGCUCAACGAGGCUACUACUUCUCUAGGAAUUGGCAUCCUCCACGAAGCUACAGGGUUUAUAUCAUCUUGGGUGGUGCUGCUAGGCUACGACUGGCUCUAUCAAUAUCGACUGUGGGAUCUGCCGUGGGAUUCACCUUAUACAUGGUUUGGUGCCUUUAUUCUUGUCGAUUUUUGUUUCUACUGGAUCCACCGAGCUAACCACGAAUUGAACAUCCUGUGGGCAGUGCACCAGAUUCAUCAUUCUGACGAGGACUUUAACUUUGCGACGGCAGUGCGUCUCUCCGUGCUGCAGCGGGUUGCUCAUUUUGGUUUCUACCAUCCUCUAGCUCUAAUAGGCUUCCCGCUGCCCACCGUCUCCGUCCACAUCGCUUUCAACUACCUGUUUCAGUUUUGGGUACACACGAAGUAUAUUGGCAGCCUAGGCCCAAUAGGCUGGGUUUUCAUGACGCCUUCCUUCCACCGAGUACAUCAUGGAGCCAACAAGUGGUGUCUGGAUAAGAACUAUGGCAGUGUAUUUGUCAUCUGGGACCGGAUUUUUGGUACCUUUGAGCCUGAGAAAGAUAACGAAGAGAUUGUGUACGGUCUGACUAAGCAGCCACAGACCCACAACGCACUGUGGCAUGAGGUCUACUACUUCGUGGAAGUGUACCGCAAGGCGAGGAGCAUGACCACCUGGGGAGACUCACUGAAGGCCUUGUUCUAUGGUCCAGGUUGGGCCCCAGGGUUGCCCCGCCUUGGAGACCCUAGCACCUUCAUCGAUGUCAAGGCCCCCAGAAUCAAAUAUAACCCUCGGAUAUCACAGGGAAUGCUUCUGUACAUUGCGUCGCACAUGACGUUGACGUUCCUGGCUCAGCAGCUGAUGGUGGCUAAAUACAUGGGCUCACUGGGUAUAAUGCUAUCGAUGCUGAUCUUCAUAUUCGUGUCUGUGGGCGUGCUGACGGCCAUGUUUGACGGGUGGGUGUGGGCACCACUGGCAGAGGCUGUCCGGUGCGCUGCGUUCGUUGCUUGCUACUUCUCCAUCACUCAGAUCACUGCCAUCCCUGUUGUAGACACUGGGCUCUUGGUGUACUUUACGACUUCUUGCCUGUUUUGGACGACAAAGGGAGUCAACGAUAUGAUAUUUAGACUCAGCACGAAGAAGAUGAAAUAAAAAAGGUCGCUGAUACUGAUCUUCAGCGACAGUAAUAAGAGGAAACACUAGAUUACUCAUCUAAUAGAAAAUAAGCAACAUUGCCGUAGCUUUAACAAUUCUAAGCUAACUAAAAAUAGAAGCAUUCACAACCCAUGUUUCACACCCACACAAGAGUGUUGGUACCACUACACUCACGUACAUUCCCUUCCCUGCCUCCAUGGAUAACGUUCCUUGCUCCACAGACACCUCAACGCACCACUCACCUGUAUUCCUUCAUCAAUUCUAUGGUUAACCUCAUCCUUCAUAAACCCAUCUGCUGACAAGUUCACUCCCAAAUAUCUGGAAAACAUUCACUUCUUCCAUACUCCCUCCCUCCAAUGUGAUAUCCAAUUGUUCUUUAUCUAAAUCGUUUGAUACCCUUAUCACCUUACUCUUAUCUAUAUUCACUUUCAACUUUCUACCUUUAUACACCCUCCCAGAUUCGCCCACUAACCUUCGCAACUUUUCUUUAGAAUCCCCCAAAAGCACAGUAUCACCAGCAAAAAGUAACUAUGUCAACUCCCAUACUCUAUUUGAUUCCCCAUAAUUUAAUCCCACCCCUCUCCCCAACACCCUAGCAUUUAAUUCUUUUACAACCCUAUCUACAUAUGUACGUUAAAUAUAUGUUAAACAGCCAUGGUGACAUUACACAUCCCUGUCUAAGACCUACUUUUACUGGAAAAUAAUCUCCCUCUCUCCUACACACCCUAACCCGAGCCUCACUAUCCUCAUAAAAAUUCUUUACAGUAUUUAGUAACUUACUCUAUCAAUAACAACACUGCACUAGCCAAGGAUUCGAACCCAUGCUGCUUGGGCCCGCCUCAUGGUAAGCAAAAAGAUGUGACGCUUUAGACCACUAGCCUACACAAUCCUUAAUAAUGGUCUAAAGCUCAUGUGUUUUCGUUCACCAUGAGGCGGGCCGAAGCAGCAUGGGUUCGAAUCCUUGGCUACUGCAGUGUAAAAUUUGUGAUUUUUGGCUUAAAUAGCAACGCUCUUCUUGCCGAAUAAGGCAAGCGAAAAUUUGUGUAUGCAAUAAUUUCGCGAAAAAUCAUUCUGAACCUAACUAAAAAAAAAUAAUUCAUUGUGUUUGUUUAUCAUAAAAUUAUUGUAAACUUAUCUAAAAUAUAUUUAGUUGGAUUAGGCUAAAUUAAA